GCUGUGGUAGUGGUUCAGAAUGGCUGCCCCCGUGUUGUGUCAGAUGAGACGGCGGUGUCCAGUCGUGGCGUACCUCUCUGUGGUCAGAAGAGAAUAUGCUUCCAGUCCUCCGUCUCCUCCCUCUCUCCUCAACAGGUUCCUUUUCCAGCUCAACCAGCACUUCCAUGAUGUAGAACAUCUCAUCAACUGGAGCAGCUGGCUGAGGAGCCGAGUGGUUAGACGAAAGAAUGUGUUCUAUGGCUACACGCAGAAGAGGUUUGGAGUCAAUGUGGCAGCAGCUUAUUAUAUCCUGGGUCUGGGAGGAGGUUUCAGGUUUGCAGGUCAGUCGGAGUGGUUUCGACCUGACUCAAGGGGGAAGUUUAGCUAUGACUUCAUCAACACACCCAACUCGACUAUUGAGGAGAUUGACCUAAGCGGGACGCUCAUUAACCACGUUGGGCUGGAAAACAUUGUGAGUCAGAACGAGCUGCGCUCCCUCUCUCUGCAGGGCUGUCCAGAGGUGGAUGACUGGUUCCUCGCUCGCUUGCAUGUGUUCGGGGAGAGCCUGCAGCGGUUAGACCUGUCCCACUGUCCUCGCAUCACUGUGGGCGGCCUGGCUGCACUGCAGCACCUCCGGAAGCUGCGACGGCUGGACGUCUCCUCCCUCCCGCGACUGCAGAACCCCGGUUUGGUGCGCAUCCUUCUGGAGGAGAUGCUGCCCCACUGCAAGGUCAUUGGAGCAGAUUAUGAACAGGGACUUUUCCGGACAGACAACAUAGAGGAAGCUGAACCAGUGAGGCACAAAUAGGUGACUCAAAUGGACAAAUUCAACUGUGGUGAUGGGACUGUGGACACUGUAAAUCACAUGCUCUUCCUGUGGAUAUUUAACCUACUUAAUGAAAUCAAGCAGUUCACAAGUAAUCAUGUUUCGGGGACUGUCUAAAGUGCUUAACGUGGCUUAAUAUGCUAAAACAAUCACACAGGAAACCAAACUUCUCACAUUUACUGGCCAUAAAAAUUCUCUCAUGCCAAAAGAACAAAACUGCAAUUCAAACACAAAGCAAUUUUUUUUACUUUAGACUCUUUACUGCUUAAUGUGGCUGAAAGGGGUAAAUAUUUCACUACUUUUAAAGGGUCAUUCUGGCAAAAACUAGAGUUUAUUUAAUAUUCAGCAUCAUCAAUUCACGAUUUUUGUUCAUCAGUGUUGACUCAGUACAAAUCCGCCGUGCAUGACAAAUACAUCACACAACCAUUAAAAAUAGCUUAGGCACUGAUGAAGAGGCUAAUACAAAUAUAUGUAAAUUAGCUCUGUAAACUGCUGCAGGCAGGAUGGGUGGGGCUAAACUGCUGUAGGCUGAAUGGGUGGAGCUAAACUGCUGC